CGCUCGCCGCACUCCGGGCAGCGCCAGCUCCGCGCACCGCCAUGGCUUCCCCUCACAAGGCCAAGGACGUCUUCUCCUCGGACGAGGAGGGCGCGGCGGCCGGCGCCGAGGAGCACCACAAAGUGAAGGUGUCGAGCCUGCCGUUCAGCGUGGAAGCGCUCAUGUCCGACAAGAAGCCGCCGCCGCCCCCCAAGGAGCCGCCGCUGCCCGCGGCCGGCGGCAGCGCGGACGGGGCGGCCGUGGGCACCUCCAGGAACCUGCUGCUGGCGGGCCACGGCUCCCGCGACGCGCACAGCCCGCCCGGGGCGCUUACAAAACCCUUCGACACCGCCUCGGUGAAGUCGGAGAACUCGGAGGACGGCUCGUCCUGGAUCCCUCCGGAGGCCGGCAGAUACUCCCCGCCGCCAAGACACCUGAGCCCCACGGCCUGCACCCUGAGGAAGCACAAGACCAACAGGAAGCCCCGCACGCCGUUCACCACCUCGCAGCUGCUGGCUCUGGAGCGCAAGUUCCGCCAGAAGCAGUACCUGUCCAUCGCCGAGAGGGCCGAGUUCUCCAGCUCCCUCAACCUCACAGAGACCCAGGUCAAAAUCUGGUUCCAGAACCGGAGGGCCAAGGCCAAGAGACUGCAGGAGGCCGAGCUGGAGAAGCUCAAAAUGGCAGCCAAGCCCAUGUUGCCCUCGGGGUUCAGCCUCCCUUUCCCCAUCAACUCCCCCAUCCAGGCUGCCUCGCUGUACGGCACAUCCUACCCUUUUCACAGACCUGUGCUCCCCAUCCCGCCCGUUGGACUCUACGCCACUCCCGUUGGAUACAGCAUGUACCACUUAUCCUAAGAAGAUCCGACAGACAAAGCCUCAGACAGACAGACAGACAGACAGACAGACUUCCUGGUGGAUCCUGUCCAGCCCUGAGAAGGCAGAACCCCAACCAGUACUGGCCAUUCCUUCUGCACGCUUCUAUCUGGCAUCCUGAGUUGUUCUGGGAGUUUGCUACGGGUUGGGCGUCUCCUGAGAGUGCUCUGAGCACUCAGAGUCUGCUCCUCAAAGCAAAAAAAAAAAAAAAACCAAAAAAAGCAUAAAAAUCAACAAAAAAAAAUUAUUUGUGAGUAAAUGUAGGGGUUUUAUCCAGUGCAAGUAAAACUAGGUUAAAAAAAGAGUGGGUGAAAAAGCAAAUUUAUCAUACGGAGGCAGAAAUUCCCUGACACCUUCCUGGCGCGGCCCAAUGGGUUUAAAAUGAGAGGGGUGAGUGCCCUUGAGCCAUGCUCUAAGUUACCAUCCCCUCACCUGGGGGCAGGGGGGAGGGAAAUAAAAAGGUCUAAUCGAAGUUUUGUUGUUUGGUUCGUUCUUUUGAAGACAGCAGAGCCCGUAGCUAGAGACGUGUAAAUAGAAACUAGAGCCGGUAGAGUCUCAGUGGAGUUCAGAGCCAGCAAAUUCCUGCAUUUCUGGGGGGAGGGAAAAGUUUUGCAUCCCGAACCUCGGCGAGAUGAGCAGCAGGGCCCCUAAAUGUAGAGCCCAGCUUUGCCCAGCGUGGCUCCUGUGAUGCCUUUCUGUGUAUAAAUAGCUUCAGCCUUUGUAAAGCACUGGCAGGGGAGGUGAA